GCUGGCGAAGACUCCAGAAGCGGCCUCGGAAUCCGGGCUCUAGCGGGACGGGAAGGCGCGGGCGGCCCGUGUCGCCGAUGCGAACACGCACCCUCACCCUCCCUGCUUGGCCGCGUCUCUGCGACCAGGUAACCCAAUGAAAAAAGAAAAUGAAAGGCAUGAAGAAAAGUCUUACAGAAGAGUGUCUGUAUCUGGACUUCUCUCACCAAAUAGAAGGAUGCAUCUUUCCACUUCAUACAUCUGUAACUUUAUUUUUGUUAUCCUACUGUGACUGCAAAAGCUUUAAAGUUUGUUUUGUCCUCACCAGAGAAAGCACAGAUAUUCCACUACUUCAAAAUGUACUGUCCUCGGAUGUUGAAAUACAGGUUAUUUCAAGGCAAGAGCUUCCAUCAAUAGUCCAGAAUUGCUGUUUACCUGCAGUAGGAGAAAAACCAGACAAUUUCUGUAGAGCAGGACUUGCUGUUGUCCUGAGACACAUAAUCCAGAAAUCAUACGAAGCAGACCCCUCAAAGAAGGAAAUUUUGGAACUUCUGGGUUUUAAAAAGACUUGCUUGAAAGCCUGUGCUGAAGUUAGUCAGUGGACCAGGCUAUGUGAACUCACCAUCCCUUUAGCUAUUGAGAAUUUUCUCAAAGAAUCUUCUGACCAGCACCCAACCAUCCCUGCAGAAAUACGACAGCUAGAGAAAAAGCUCAGUGAGCCUGUGAGAGUGCAUAAUGAUGACAAACUCCGCCGGCUGAAGCUGAAGCAACAGGAGGCGGCCGGAGCUGGGCCUCCCCUGGCUAAGGAAAAAGCUAUGAGCCAGGUCCACAGUCAGGAAACCUCUAAAGGGUUAGAGUCUUCAUCCAAGAGCCUGGAACUGAAAGUGGCGUUCUCAAAACUCACAGUACAAGACGAACCAGCUACUACCAACAGGGAGCCUUCUCACAUCAGAAAAGCAAAGGCUUCUGACCUCCCACCUCUGGAGCACGUGUUUGCAGAAGGCCUUUACUUCACUUUGGCAGAUAUCGUGCUCUUGCCCUGUAUCCAUCAUUUUUUGUUAAUUAUCUGCAAGAAACUUUCUGAAAAGCUGGUAGAAUUUCCACUGCUUUCCGCUUGGUACCAGAGGAUUCAAGAAGUGCCAGGAGUGAAAACAGCAGCUUCUCACUGUGGGAUCCACUUUCUCCAUUUACCAGAGUUGCUGAGCACCUCAAAUGAACAGCAUCCAAACUUAAAUGAGGUCCCAGGUGUAGAGGAGCAAAAUGAUCCUUCAUUUAUUGGAGGACCGAGACCCACUAUGACCAAGUUAAUGGAAAAAGGCAUUGAAGUGAUGUUUUCUCCUCACCCUUGCCCUACUUGGACCCUUGAUUGGAACAGUCUUCCUGCAGCAGUGAGCCCAAAGGAAGGUAAAAUGUCCUGUGAUCGAGCUUUGAGGAAGCAGCAACAGUUAAACAACCUUGUGUAUGUGGUGACAAAUCAAGCCAAACCUGGUGACAGAAUUGUGGAUUUCUGCAGCGGUGGGGGCCAUGUUGGGAUUGUGCUUGCUUACACGCUGCCAUCAUGCCAGGUUAUAUUAAUAGAAAACAAGGAAUUGUCAUUAAUUCGUGCUAAGAAGAGAAGUGAUGACCUAGGUCUAAGCAACAUUUGGUUCAUUCAAGCAAAUAUGGAGUAUUUUACGGGGAUGUUUAAUAUUGGGGUGGCGUUGCAUGCUUGUGGAGUGGCAACAGACAUGGUGAUUGAGUACUGCAUCAAAACACGGGCGUCCUUUGUCACAUGCCCUUGCUGUUAUGGUUUCAUUCAGAACACCUCAAAGUUUAAUUUUCCAAAAAGUGAACAAUUUAAGAAAACUUUAUCAUACAAGGAACACAUGAUUCUGUGCAGAUUUGCAGAUCAGACAGCUGUCCAGCUUCCACCCGAACGAAGGCUCAUAGGAAAACAGUGCAUGUGCCUGGUGGACCUGGACCGAGCCAGAGCUGCAGGAGAACGUGGCUACUUCGCUCAAGUGAUAUCCAUGGAGCCAGAGAGCUGCUCUCCCAAAAAUAACAUGAUCGUGGGAGUCCCCACUUAGAACAAGAUAUUCACGUUUGAUGUUUUGCCAUCCGUCUUCCCGAUGAAAGCCCAGUGGCAUUCAGGAGGUUCUUGGCAUAACUCGUAAGCAGCAUUAGCCAUCUUGAACCUAUUGUGCUCAGGAAGGAAAGCAGCAGGAAAAUCUUUGAAGAAAGACUGCCUGCAAAGCGUCACAAAUGCUCUUAUAAUGUGUGAUUAAAAGACCACUGGUUUUCAUAGUGAGGAUCGCCUGAAGUCUCGGUUGCCAGCAGAAUAAUGGUCACUAAUGGAGGUUCCAUCACUGCAAUUACAAUUUCCUUCUCAGUUCACAGCUUUUCUGAUGUGGCCAAUGUGGUGUUCAAUUCAAAACAAUGUACUUGCAGCCUUUAUAACCAUGUUGGAUAUUAAAGAAGAGAUACCAAGGUAGAUUCAGUGGGAUUUGUUUGUUUGUUUUUUAUAUUUCUAACAAUUGUACUUUUUCUACAUUUUUUUUAAAAUCUAGGUAAUUACAGUGUGGUUAUACUUUAAAGCUGGGGUGAGUUGGACUUGCAUAUCAUUACAUAUACUUAAUUUAAAUAUAUUCUUAUAAAUUACCCAAUGAGAUUAUUGCUGGUUCAAACAUUUUAUAUGAAGACACUAUGAAAUAAUUGCAAUGAAUUUCCCUUUAUGAGAACCCAUAACGUGGACAUAAAUUCUAACUCAUCAGUAAAUGCACUGAUAAAUUAAUUCAAGUCUAUAAAUAAAAAUAAUUAUUGGGGAUCCAUUCUUUUUAAGACUCUGGCCUAGAUUCUUCUAAGGAUACAAAGAUAAGUUGCAAGAGAUACAACAUUUUGCCUAUGAAAGUAAAUGAGCUAGAAGAGAAAGAUUAAUGAAUUCGUUAACUUCUUUAUAUAUAUGUGGUCACAGGAUUUGUUUUUUCAGAUAUUAAUCAUAUAUAUUUUUUUAUUUGUUGGUAAAACAUAUUGAGUAUAAAUUAUAAAUUGGAGGUGGGAGGAGCACAGAGUAUAGAAGCGUAUUUGAAUAGCUAUCGCUACCCAAAUUCUUAUUUCACCAGCCAAAGUUUUUAAAGACAGAUGGUAUGUCCUUUCUCACAGGCUGCUAAUUAUUUAAUUUUUGCAUGUCCUAGGUUAUUCCAUUUGAGAUAAGAUUUAUUUCAUCAAUUUUGAUGUUUCCAACCCAGCAUGACACAUACCAUGAGAAGAAAGGACUUUAAGAAAUAACUCUUUCAUCUCUGUGGAUUAAAAUACAGGAAUAAUAUAUGAAUGGGGGGGGGGCACUGAACUCGUGUUUUCUGGGAUAAUAUUUGAGAAAAGAAUUAAUCAUCAGUCCUGAGUAUUUUAGUCAUUUGAACCUACAAACAUACCAUGCUCUUUUAUCCUAGGCUUUCUUAUUUUAAUUGAGGUAUAAUUUACAGACAAUAAAAUAACGACGUUAAGUGUUCAGUUUCAGAAGUUUUGACAACUGUAUACACCCAUGCAACCACCAGCAGAAAUAAGAUGUAGACUAUUUCCAUUAGCAUAGAAAGUCCUCUCAUGGCCCUUUAAGUUCAAUAUCCCCCAUCCCAAAGGCAACCACGCUCUGAUUUUUAUCACUCUACAUUUGUUUUGCCUUUUUUUGUCCUUUAAAUAAAUCAAGUAAUGUAGUAUGUAGUCUUUUGUGUCUGGCUUCUUUUGCUUCACAGUGUUUUUUGAGAAAUAGUCACGUCGUUAUGUGCAUCAAUCAUUUCUUCUUAUUCCUACAUAAUAUUCCAUUAUAUAAAUGUAUCAAAAUGUGUUUAUCCAUUCUCCUAUUGGUAUUUGGAUUGUUCUCACUUUGAGAAUAUUAUGAAUAAGUCCUAUGAAUAUUCUUGUACAAGUGUUUUUGUGAGUAUAUAUGUUUUCAUUUCUCUUGAAUAAAUAAAUACCUAGUAGUAGAAUUGCUGGGUCAUUGAAUAAAUGCAUGUCAGUUGCCAAACAAUUUUUCAAAGUGAUUGUACCAUUUUAUAUUCCCACCAGCAACAUAUGAAAGUUUUAGUUCUCCAUUCCCUCACCAACAUUUGCUAUUUAUUGUCAGUCCUUUUGAUUUUAACCAUUCUGGUGGAUGUGAAAUGGCGUCUCAUUGUGGUUUUAAUUUUCAUUUUUCUGAUGACUAAUAAUGUUACUCACCAUUUAUAAAGUGUCUUUUCAAGUUUUUUGCUCAUUUUUAAAAUUACUAGGUCAACUGGGGUUUUUAUUGUUGAUUCACAAGAGUUCUUUACGUAUUCAGGGUAUAAGUCCUUUGUCAGAUAUAUGUAUUGAGAAUAUUUUUCUGUCUGUGGCUUACCUACUCAUGUUCAUACUGAAUGCUUUAAUUUUCAUAAAGCCUAAUUUAUAUCAUUUUUAUGGCUAAUAUUUUGUAUGUCCUCUCUAAUAAAUCUUUAUCUACCCUAAGGUUAUGAAGAUUCUUCCUACAAUUUCUUAUAGAAACUUUAUGGUUCUAGCUGUUUACAUUUAAGUCUAUGAUUUAUCUGAAAUCAAUAUUCACAUAUAGAGGUAAGUAGGUUUUGAGGAAUAUACAGUUUGGCACCAUUUGUUUAAAAACUUUCCUUCUCAUGCUCUCUUAGGCAGCACGUAUACUAAAAUUGGAACGAUACAGAGAAGAUGAGUGUGGCCU